AUGGGGGAAGCAAAAAUACUAAUUGAGGUGGAGUUAGAUAAACCAUUCCCGAAGCUCAUUGCACUUCAUGACAAGCAAGGUAAUAUCUUUUUCGUAGAAGUUGAGUACUCUUGGAUUCUAGUGCUUGUGAAAGGUGUUGAGCACUUGGACACAAGGAGAAGAGGUGCUUAUUACCACCUCAGUCACAAGAUUAUGCUCCUAUUACAAAAGAGCAUCAUAUCAUCCGAGCCAAAUUCACACUCACCCAUUGCCCAGCAAACACAUGAGACUUUCAAAAAGCCAUUGGUCACUCUUUCUCCUAAGUAUGCAUUUGCUAGUCCGGUUACACAUUCGCAUGAGGUACACUCGGACCCUUGCUCACAGAUUAAUCACACUUUUCCCUUGUUAGCAGCGGAGAAAGCUGUGCCAGUUCAGUCACAUAUUAUGGAAAGCAUUCCAUCACAUUCUAUCAUUUUGGAAGACUCUGAGACUUCUAAAAUUGAGCAACCAAUUGAUUCUCGUUCUUCUCUCACUCUUGAUCAUCACAACCUCCAUAUGGAGGAUACUCCGUUUGUAUAUGGGAAAGGUAAUGGUUUUGAUAUGGUUGGAGAUUCUUCUAGUUACACAAUAACUAGAGGUGGAAGGACUAUAAAACCAACACAAAAGGUUCAAGAUAUGAGGUGGACAAGAGCUAGUGGAAGAGGUAAAAAAGGUCAUCGUGGUCGAGGGAAUCAAAAUCACUAG